GAUCGUAUUGGCAUAGCGUCGCAGAGUUACGAAUAAGAUCAGCAACGGACAGCGCCAGACACCUAGAGACAUAAAACUCAAUUACGACACGAUGAUGAUCCUCGACGGCAGAGCGGCUCUAGGAUUAACCCUCCUCCUGGCCACAGUUUGCGCUCGACCAGGUGGCUACGGAGUGAAGGGAGGACCCCACAGACAAGGACACCAUCAUGGAGUCGACGCGGAGCACGGAGAAUCAAGCGCAAACGCUAAUGCAGGUGCUGGAAGUAUAAGCGGCGGCCCCGGCGGAAGCGAAGCAAACGCUAACGCAGAUGCGAACGCGAAGGCUGCAGGAAUCGGUCUGGCUGGCGGCCAGAGUGAAGCCAGCGCUUCCGCCAUUGCUGAAGCCGGAAGCCACGGGCAUCACGGCAACAUUCGCGACAAUGCUGGACCUGCGGGAAUCGGCGAAGGGCUGACAUUCGACAAUCAGCAUGUCCCAGGCUUUCCACAUGGCCCAGGACAGGGCGAUCAGCACGCCCAUCACCACGAGCGCGAACAUCAACAUGGAGCAGGACUCGCGGCCCAUGGAGGACCCGGAGUGUUCGGCGAAGAAUCUUCCGGUGGCUUCGGAAGUCUGGCUCAAGGGGUGGGAAUCAGCGGAGGCCAAAAUGGCGAAGGAUUCGUCCAUGGAUCUUCCGGUAGCGGACUAAGUUCGGCUCAUGGGGCGGGAAUCGGCGGGGGCCAAAACGGCGAAGCAUUCGGCCAUGGAUCUUCCAGUAGCGGACUAAGUUCGGCUCAUGGGGCGGGAAUCGGCGGGAGUCAAAAUGCUGAAGGAUUUGGCCAUGAAUCUUCCGGUAGCGGACUAAGUUCGGCUCAUGGGGCGGGAAUCAGCGGAGGCCAACAUUCGGGAAGUCUGCUGACAGGAGGUGGCGCUGGGUUCGGAGGGGGCGCUCAAGGUCACGGUCAAGGUUCCGAUGCCAUCAGUGGUUCUGAGGCCAGUUCCUCGGCUGGAUCAAACGGCCAAGUCUUGGGCUCGAAUUUCGGUGGUUCCCACGGAGAUGCAAGUUCGGCGAAUGCCGGCGCUUCGGCCGGCGCCCAUGCAGGAGGAAGUGGAAGCCAAUCUGGCAGCUACAGCGAAGCCACAAGCGGAAGUUCCAGCUUCGGCGGAAGCAAAAGCACGGCCGAUAGCAUGGCCUGGUCUUCCGGGGGCGAGAGCGGAUCUUUAGCCUCCGCAAGCAGCAGUGCAAGCAGCCGUUCUGGAGGAAAGAUGAUUGGAGUCAAGGGGCGUUAAAACAGAGAUGAUGCGCGCGAUCGGUGAUUGCAACAAGUCCUACAAGAAAAAGAUCUGGAACUUGGAUACGUGCAGAUAAUUUAUGGGCAAAAAAAUCAGAAGCAAUUACUGUAUUCCACUCUGAAUGUCUAUACAUUACACGAUAAGAUAGCUAGCGAAUAACAAUUAUUACGAUUACGACGAAUGUUUAUCCUUGAAUUUUAUAUAAGUCAAUUCGAAAUCGAUUGUGAUAAAUAAAGAUGUUUGAAAAAAUAAAAAUCAAAAAUGUA